AUGUGCGUGCGCUUCGGGGAGACUUUUGAGUUGACUCAAAAGUCACCUCAUUCCUUAAUACAUGUGCGAGUGCUUCGGAGAGGAGGGGAAAUGUUCGACCUCCGCAUCAACGUGCUUCAGCCAUUAUUCCCUCCUUCCUCCCCACCCCACCCCCGUAUUUCUCCCACGUACCCCCACACCAUCCACAGGGGAGGGGGGGUGUUCGACCUCAGCAUCAAGGCGCUUCAGCUGCUUAAUAGUUUGGGGUACGGCAAGGAAGGCUCAGGCCUGGUGCUGGACCUGGUGUACAACCCUGUUGGCCCGUUCCUGCCGCCUGCUCAAGGCAAACUGGAGGAGGCAUACAAGAUCUCUGCGUUCAACCCGGCAGCAGUGGGCAAUGUGAUGUCUGUGCCUUGUCUCUGCUUUCGACCCGGCAGCAAUGGGCAACGUGAUGUGCCGAAACCUGAUGGCUGUUCCUCAAAUGUGCCCCUGUGCUGCCUUCCCUUCCCUCCCACUCUCUCUGCUGCCUCUCUCCCCUCACCAACACAGGUCUCUGCUUUCGACCCGGCAGCAAUGGGCAACGUGAUGUGCCGAAACCUUAUGGCUGUUCCUCAAAUGUGCCCCUGUGCUGCCUUCCCUUCCCUCCCACUCUCUCUGCUGCCUCUCUCCCCUCACCAACACAG